UAUGCGUUCUGAUAUAGAAUAAGAUUAAAAAAGCUGUUAGGUUUGUAAGAAAUAGGAUGUAGAAUUAUCAAGAUGUUCUUCUUGCAAAUCAAUUUAUUAUUGCUCAAUUGAAUGCCAAAGAAAAGACUGGAAAGAACAUAAAUUCAUUUGUUCUGAAAUACAAUUAAAAUAACAGAGAGAAAAAUAGAGAGCUGAAAGAAAAGCAUAAGGAAAGAAAGCAAUAGAAGAUUUUGCAGAUUUUGAAGUUUUAGGUCAUGGAAAUUUUUCAGAUAUUUAUAAGGUUCGAGAAAUUGAAACCAAUUAAAUCUAUGCAUUAAAAUAAAUAAAUAAAAGAAAGCUAACUUAAGUAAACAAGGAAAAAGAUGUUUAUAUGGAAAAACAUUGUUUAGGCAAACUUACAGAAAAUCCUUAUGUGAUUAGGUUAUAUUCAACAUUUCAAGAUGAUGAAAAUCUUUACAUGCUAUUGCAGUAUGUUGAUGGUGGAGAGUUAUGGCAACAAAUCCAUAAUUUUGGAGCCAAAGCUUUUCCACUUUGUCUUUACUACAUUAGUGAAAUAAUUAAAGGUAAUUUUUAAUUUGAUAAAAGCAAUAAAUUCUAUCCAUAAAUUUGGGAUUGUUCAUAGGGAUAUAAAGAGUGAGAACAUCCUAUUAACAUAAGAUAAAAAAAUUAAGUUUAUUGAUUUUGGAACAGCAAGAGACAUGAAUGAUCCAACUAUUGAAGGAAGCGGAAAUGGGAGAAAAGGUAAUAAAAUCAAAAUUAAUUUCAUAGGAAAAUAGGCUUUUAAACAUUUUGUGGGAACUCCUUAAUUUAUGGCACCUGAAUGCAUCCGAAAUAAAGAUUCCAAUGAGAAAUCAGAUAUUUAUUCAUUAGGUGUCCUAUUUUAUCAUAUUGUUUUUGGUAAGUAUCCCUUUGAUGGGAAAAGUGAUUACUUGGUGUUUUAAUAAGCAUUAGAAACAGAACUUCAAUUUCCAGAAGGAUGGAUAGACAAUGAAUAAUUUAGAAAUCUAAUUCGAAAGAUGCUUUAAAAAAAUUCAUCAGAUAGACCAACUCUAGUUGAAAUAAUGUAGGAUUAAUUAUGGGGUGAGAAUUUCGAUUGGAAUUUAGAAUAAAGUAUAGUUAUAAUCUCUAAUUAGAUUAUUAGACUAUUGUAAAUGAAUUCAACGAUAUUGAUUAAUUUACUUUUGACUUAGGUUUAGAGUUGAAUAAUGCUGAAAAGUUGGAAGAUAAGAUUUGUGUCAAGUAUGAGAUUAAUAAGGUUUUGGGGAAAUAUGAAAAAUUAAUAAAAGACGACAAUUACUAAAAGAGAUUCAAUUACAUGAAAUAAAUUGUAGAGUAGAAUUUGUAAAAUAGAAAAGAUGAUGAUGAUGAACCUUAAUAAUUUAAAUGAU